GCGUGUUCUGCCACAGUGUGCAGCCUCAAUAAAGCAUCAGUGGGAGAGUUCCUGUGUGUGUCAGGACAGACAGCAAAGGCAGGAGUUACAUCUCCUGUAUACACAAGGUUACUUUUGGAAUUCUGUUCACUAUUCACUCCAGACAUAAACCAACAUGAUAUAACUCUUAUCUCUUGCCAUAGUAUUGCUUUAAAAUUUCUUGAUGUAAUACAACCCACAGUUCAACAGUCCAUCCGUAUCUGGUCAAGUACAGCGUGAUUUUACAGAGGUACCUCACCUUUUCAACAAAUAUCUGGAUUUCAGAUCAUAAAGCCCCAGAUCUAAUAAGCUUGCAGGAAAUCUUAGUAAUGACAAAAGCAGUUCCUUUAAAGUGUACAAGAUGGAGAAAAUGGUUUAAACCAGUUUUUGGCUUGCACUGUGGCUCUUGGGCUAUUAACAUUUGCUCCACACGAAGAUUUCAGGCGCGGUGAACUUUUCCCUCGGACACAGCUGGAGCCGUUCUACAGCUGCCCUCUCACCCACUGGCUCAGCAGGGCACCCUUCCCCUCCAGCAGAAACGUCCUGGGGUGGAAUCCCACCCACGGCUGCCUAUAAAAGGCCUGGCUGGAAAACUACAUUUGCAUUUGGGACUGGACCUUCCUUCUGCGGUGUGGCAAUGCCCGUGGAUUUCAGUGGGACCUGGAACCUUGUCAGCAAUGACAACUUUGAAGGUUACAUGGUGGCCUUAGGUAUUGACUUUGCAACACGUAAAAUAGCAAAAAUGCUGAAGCCUCAGAAAGUGAUCAAACAAGAGGGCGAUUCAUUCUACAUCCAUACCACUAGCACAUUCAGAGAUUAUUUGCUUGAAUUCAAAGUUGGAGAAGAGUUUGAGGAAGAUAAUAAAGGCUUGGAUAACAGAAAAUGCAAGAGCCUCGUUACCUGGGAAAAUGACAAACUUGUCUGUGUCCAGACUGGUGAGAAGAAGAACAGGGGCUGGACUCACUGGCUCGAAGGGGAUGACCUCCACCUGGAGCUUCGUUGUGAGAAUCAAGUUUGCAAACAGGUCUUCAAGAGAGCCUGAGUGUGUGUGGUGUGCUGGGCCUCCUGUCCCGUGAGGGCUCCUGACUCUGCACUGUGAACCUGGAUGGGCUGAAGCCUCUGGCUCAGAAAAUGUCUGCUGUUGCCAGUUUUAAAGGUCUGAUUUUUGCUAAUAAAUGCCCCAAACCAAACUCAUCUUAAGUACCUUGCUUUUGAAUAUGGUUUUGAAGGAAAAAAACAAAACAAAAGUGAUGAGGCCUGAAUCUUUAGGUAAUCAAAAGUCAAUUAAAAAAAGAAAACAUGCCAAUUCUAGGAGGCAUGUCAACAUCAAAAAACCCAGGGGGAGCUGGGUACUGAUAAAGAAGCAAAGAUAACAAAUAAUGAAGCAAACAGCAAAAGGUAGGCAUCUAUUGUUCAAAAUACUCCUCUUAAAGAGGUGUAGACUAUUACUUUACUUGCUUGUGUCCUUCACACUGUAGUGUGAGGCCCCAUAAUGUGCCAGAGGUGCUUUGUUCUCGAAAAUAAUGAAGUUGAGCUUGUCAGAGGAAACAAGCCUGUGGUCAAAUCCCAGAACCAUGAAAAUGGGUCUGAGGGAUCCGUGAAGAUCCCAGUCUGCAAAAUAAUUGAACUCUGUAAGCACAUAUACAGAGGGAAAACAAUGCUGCUUUAGUUAAGCUUUGUUUGCAUACAACUGUUAAUUAGGUUAAUUGUUUUUCUUCAUGACCGUGUUCAAUAUUGCAUAGAAAAGUUUUUCUUGUGUGAACAUGUAAGUUGUCAGAUAAACUAGGUAGUUACAAAUGAGUUGCUGCAAGUUCUUCGUUGCAUAUUCUUGAAGAACCAUAGCUUAAGCUUAGUAACUUAAUUACUUCACAUGAAAAAAACAUUCCCUGGCAUUUGGAAAUGAGUAGCACCACAUUUCUGAUAGCUCUUAUCGGUUCAAAAUGCUCUAAGCCACCAUCAGAGUCAGACAAAAGCUGUUGAAGCAUGGAAGGCUUUUGGUUAGAUUGAAGCCCUCCCCUAAUUUCUAGACAUGUAUAAAUUUAAGCUGGUUUCCACAGUAAAAAGAAGAGGACUAAUAGUUUUUAUACAGCUCGGAGAAUGUGAGUGAAAUGCCUGAUUGUGCUGUGGAUCCUGACAGCGCCUCCCCUCGGGCCUGAGCGGUUCCAUUUGCCUGAGAGCAGAGCCGGUGCUGGAGCGGGAAUUCCCAGCGGGAAUCCCGGGCCGGGGCCCGGCCCCGCUCCCAGCCCCGCUCCCGUUUAUUUGUAAUAAAAUGCGGAUUUUCCUGCGGGUCCCCGCGCAGACCCCGCGGCCCGCCCGGCCCGGCGGAGCCGCUGCUGCCCUGGGGAAAGGCGGCGCUGAACUGAGAGCAGAACUCCCCGAGGAACACCUGGAGGGCUUCAUUGGAAGGUGUUUCAGACCACUUCAAUUAUCUUAAAAAAAAUAAAAAAAUCCCAAGGAGAGAAACACAAAAUGAAGUGUAAUCUGAAAAUCGAAGGUAACAAUAUACAUCUAUUCUAUAAAAGGACUGACAAUAUAUAUUAUGAUGCAAGUAUUGGUUUCCUUUCUGAGCACCCUGGUUACAUCACCAAAAUAUUUUGCUCAAAAAGAUUUAGAUCAAUAAAGUACAUUAAGGAUGUAUAAAAACACAAGACCAGAUAGCCUACCUGUCUCAUCUAUGCAUUUAAAAAAUGGAUCAAUUCUAUUGCUAUAUAAUUAUUUGCAGUGUGUAUGAAAAUAGUCCCUAAUAGCUCACAUGGAUCAGUUUUGUUCCAUCUUAAGAACAUCCUGUUGUACAGCUUUUACGGGAUUCUUCCCUUUGCUGACUCAAAUCACACUGCCCCGUGCCCUCUCUGUUCAGGUCAAAUUCUGAGUGACUGUUCACCCUGGG